AUGCCGGGCAUGUUCCUCGUCUUGCUUCUCCUCCCGCGCAUCCUCGGGCUAUCGCUGGCCCUCACCAGGAGGCCUGUAGAGCAAGCAGACGCGGGGCCGGCCGGCGAGGUGGCGUAUAGCAACGGCGAGCUCGUGGUCGGAAGUGACGAGGAUCUCGUCGUUGUCUUCGUCGAUGUAGGUCAAGGAGCCAGGCGAGGCUGUCCGGAGGGCCGUGCAGCGCUGGGCGACGGCAGCGUGCACGGAGCAGAGGAGCACAUACCACCAUGGGUCUCACCAGCGGGUUUGACUAACCAACACCACGCAUUCUCCAUUGAGACCAGGAGGAAAACGUGCCCUCAUGCCUUCGCCAAGCUCAAGGCUCUGUUGCCAUCGUCAAGCACCGGACGCAACUUGUUGGUCGUAUCAACCUUUCAUGUCCGCCUCGGCCCGCUCUUGUGCAUCGUGCGGUCUGCUGUCUUGGUUGCCAUCGUCUUUGCCUGGAACUUGUUUCAUGCUGCAUCUUCAUUGCCAACAUGUCACGGGAAGAAGACGAUAUGUGGCGAUCGACUGGUGAUGACUGCCGUUGCUUUGAAGGCUUCCUGGGAGAAUCUUCCUUCUUUUCUUGUCGAUCUACAGUAG